AUGGAGUUUGUGAUUCUACACAAUGUAAUGCAGGCUGGACUGGACCACAGUAUUGUGACCAAGCUUGUUCAUCAGUUACAUUCGGAGAAAACUGUGUUGAGGAAUGCCAUUGUAAGACGCCCGGAUGUAACGGAGUGGCCGGACAAUGUAACACACCAGGAUGCCAGGCUGGUUACCAUGGGACAAGUUGUAAUCAAGGUUAGUCACGGCAUUUGUUUGUUCGAUCACAACGUUUGGCGAGAACUGCUCAUCCGAACGAACUGUGAUACUCCCGGUUGUGACUCGGUAACAGGUCAUUGUAACGUAUCCGGGUGUGUUGCCGGCUGGAAGGGGGAGUCAUGUAAUAUACCUUGUGCCGAGGGAAUGUUCGGUAAGGAAUGUAACAAUCGAUGUCACUGCGCCGUACCCGGAUGUGAUAAGGCAGAUGGAACUUGUACAGACACAAGUGCAGGCUGUUUAGAUGGCUGGAAUGGUUAUUCCUGUAGCCAAGCAUGUGUUGCUCCCUAUUUUGGAAAUAAGUGCACAUCACAAUGUAGAUGCAAAACAGUUGAUUGUAACCACGCCGAUGGGACAUGUGCAAUACCUGGAUGUAUAUCUGGGUGGAUUGGAACGUCAUGCUCAACACAAUGUCCCACAAACAUGUUUGGAGAAGACUGUCUCCUCACGUGUCAUUGUAACACGCCCGGAUGUAGCCGCUUCAAUGGAACCUGUUUGUCAUCAGAUGGUUGUAGUGAUGGAUACGUUGGUAACUCGUGCAGUACAAUCAACCUAAAGAAUCAGUUGAAAUUGGAUGCAACGCCUGCGAAUUCAAAUUUCCCUGUGUCCGGCACAACAGACGGAAAUUACGGCCCUUUUGCUUCCCAUAUUUGUAUGGCCUCCGUUGGGGAAAACAUGGCCUGGUGGCGAGGGACUUUACCUUCUAAGGCAAGAAUACAGAAAAUCGACAUCGUGUUUAGAAUUGCAGAUCGUGCCGAUGGCUUUGCCUUGUGGAUAUCAAACGAUACAGGUAUACCGUCCGGUAUCAAAUGCUACGAGGAUGUGGACGCCGGCGUGCCAAACGUAAUUCAAAACAUUACCUCGUGUAACAGAACCGGUCAGAGAGUGAUGAUAAUCAUCACAAGGACACCACCACGAACAGAGUAUAUGGACGUGUGUGAGGUGGAUAUUUACGGUUGUUUUACACAUAAAUAUGGUGACCAGUGUCAAUACAAUUGUACCAACUGUAAACACGGCUGUGACCCUGACAACGGAGUUUGUGAUUCAACACACUGUAAUGCUGGCUGGACUGGACCACGGUUUUGUGACCAAGCUUGUUCAUCAGUUACAUUCGGAGAAAACUGUGUUGAGGAAUGUCAUUGUAAGACGCCCGGAUGUAACGGAGUGGCCGGACAAUGUAACACACCAGGAUGCCAGGCUGGUUACCAUGGGACAAGUUGUAAUCAAGUUUGUUCGAUCACAACGUUUGGCGAGAACUGCUCAUCCGAGUGUAACUGUGAUACUCCUGGUUGUGACUCGGUAACAGGUCAUUGUAACGUAUCCGGGUGUGUUGCCGCCUGGGAGGGGGAGUCAUGUAAUAUACCUUGUUCCGAGGGAAUGUUCGGUAAGGAUUGUAACACUCGAUGUCACUGCGCUGUACCCGGAUGUGGUAAGGCAGAUGGAACUUGUACAAACACAAGUGCAGGAUGUUUAGAUGGCUGGAAUGGUUCUUCAUGUAGCCAAGCAUGUGUUGCUCCUUAUUUUGGAAAUAAGUGCAUGUCACAAUGUAGAUGCAAAACAUUCGGUUGUAACCACGCCAAUGGGACAUGUGCAAUACCUGGAUGUAUAUCUGGGUGGAUGGGAACGUCAUGUUCAACACAAUGCCCCAAAAACAUAUUUGGAGAAGACUGUGUCCUCACAUGUCAUUGUAUGACCCCCGGAUGUAGCCGCUUCAAUGGAACCUGUUUGUCAUCAGAUGGUUGUAGUGAUGGAUACGUUGGUAACUCGUGCAGUGCAAAAUGCACAUCAGGACAUUUUGGUGCUAACUGUACGAACCAAUGUCAUUGUAAGGAUGCUGCAUGUAGUCAUGUGACAGGAAACUGCUCUGCAUCCGGAUGUCUGCCAGGCUGGAGGGGUGACACGUGUAGUGAACGAUGUCCGAAUUCAUCAUAUGGACAGGAUUGUAAGUUGAUGUGUGGACAGUGCUUUAACAUGACGGGAUGCCAUCACGAAAAUGGAGAAUGUGAAGAGGGAUGCAUGGAUGGUUACUUUGGCAAUUCCUGCCAUUUAG